AAUUCGUUCCAAACGUUAAAAAAUCCAAACCAAAUGAGAAAUUUAGGUGUGAUAAUAACAUUAGGCCUAUUGGCCUUAGCCUCAGCUGCUAAAUUGGAUCCCAGUUGUAUGCUAAAAGAAAUGACCCCUACGGACGAACGUAUACGUGCCCAUGGUUAUCCCGCCGAGUCGCAUUUUGCUGAGACCGAAGAUGGUUAUGUUCUCAAUCUAUUCCGCAUACCCUAUUCGCAUAAAUUACAAAAUCAAAAUGCUAAACGUCCGGUUAUACUCUUGCAACACGGUCUUUUCAGUAAUUCCGAUUGUUGGCUAUCCACUGGUCCCGAUUAUGCUUUGGCCUAUCUCAUGGCCGAUGCUGGCUUCGAUGUUUGGUUGGGUAAUGCUCGCGGUAAUAUUUAUUCUCGCCAAAAUACCAAAAUUUCCUUAAAUAAUCCCAAAUUCUGGCAUUUUGAUUGGCAUGAAAUUGGUAAAAUUGAUAUACCCACCAUGAUUGAUUACAUUAUUGAGCAGACGGGAGAACAACAGAUCCAUUAUGCUGGUCAUUCACAAGGCACCACCGUAUACUUUGUCAUGAUGUCUGAACGUCCCGAAUAUAAUAUGAAAAUCAAAUCUGCUCAUAUGUUAGCUCCCUGUGCUUUCUUCGAACAUGGCACUUCAUAUGCUUUCAAAGUGUUCCGUCCUUUGGUGGGUAAACCCGGCGGCAUUUGGAAUCAGGCUUUACAGGAUUUGGAAUUAUUGCCUCAGAAUACUUUAAUUGCUGGCGUUGCCGAUACCGCAUGUGGCACCGAUCCUGCUCUCAAGUUCUUGUGUAAAAAUUUGUGGCUUCUUUUUGCCGGUGAUGGUUACACCAAUACCAAUGUUACGGCUAUGCAAGUUCUGGUGGAAACUCAUCCCGGCGGUGCUUCCAGUAAUCAAGGUAUCCAUUACAUCCAAUUGAGUGAUUACAAUAAGGGUCGCUUCUGUCAAAAGGAUUAUGGUCCCAAACAAAAUAAACAAAUAUAUGGCCAAGAAGUCGCUCCUGAUUAUAAUUUAGCCAAUAUUAAGGCUCCCACUUAUUUGUAUUCGAGUAAGAAUGAUGCUUUGUGUGAUCCUAAAGAUGUUGAUACCUUGGUUGCUAAUACCCCUUAUUUGGCUGGUGAUUAUCGUGUACCUGAACAAUCUUUUAAUCAUUUAGAUUUUAUUGUGGCCCACAAUAUGAAGGAAUUGGUUAAUGAUCCUGUUUUGGCAAAUGUUUUUAAGCAUGAAGAUUCUUUAUAAAUGAUUAUUUUUAUCUAAUAUACAAAUUAUUAAUUGAAUUGUGAUAUUUUGGAGUUAUGUUAAAUAAACUUUAAUGAGACAAA